AUGAAUUGCACAACCCAGAAAGAUUUCUAUCUCUUGGCAUUUUCCUGCUCUGGGGAAAAUCAACCUUUACUUUUCAUGGGACUUUUAAUCAUCUACCUAACUGCUGUGCUGGGAAACAUGAUGAUUUGUGUGCUUGUGUGUCUGGUAUCCCAGCUGCAUACCCCCAUGUACUUCUUUCUGUGCAACCUGGCAGUCCAGGACAUUAUCUCUGUCUCUGCCUUCCUGCCGAAACUGAUAGCCAUCACAAUUACAGGGAACACUAGCAUUUCUUUUCCUGGCUGUAUAACACAGAUAUUCCUGUUCACAUUCUGCAUGGGUUUAGAUAUUUUCUUAUUGGCCACUAUGGCUUAUGAUCGAUAUGUGGCUAUUUGUAUUCCUCUACGUUACUGUCUCAUCAUGAACGCAAGGAUGUGCAUCCUGCUGGUGACAAUGGCAUGGAUUUUUUAUAUUUCUAAUGCAACGUGCUUCUCUUUGCUUUUAUCAAGUUUAUCAUUCUGUAAGUCACGAGAAAUGAAUCAUUUUUUUUGUGAUCUUAAAAUGCUGCUAGAGAUCUCAUGCAGUGACACCUCCCAUAUAAAGCAAUUCAUGUCAGUUGAAAUACCUUUUACAGGGAUUCUUCCAUUUGUACUGAUCUUAACUUCCUACUUGUAUGUCAUAACUGCAAUCGUAAAAUUGCGAACCUCAGCAGCUAGACUCAAGGCUUUUUCCAGCUGUUCCUCACAUCUAACAGUUGUAUUCAUGUUCUGUGGCACCUCUAUAGGGAUUUACAUUAAGCCACACUCAGAGAAUUCUCAGGAACAAGAAAAAUUUCUUUCACUGCUUUAUAUCGGUGUUGUUCCAAUGUUAAAUCCAUUGGUGUACAGCCUGAGAAACCGACAGGUUUGGACAGCAGCAAAGAUUUUUCUUGCAAAGUUUAUAUUAGGGACACCAUUAUAG